CGAUCCCGAUUCGACCACGAAUGGCUCCGACGAAUUGAGUUGGGCGAUCCAUCGGGGAUCCAUUGGGGGGGACCCAAUCAUCCAAUCAUCAUCAUCAUCGAUAUCAUCAUGGUCCUUUCCCCAGAUCAACCUCGGCGGGACGAGAUGAUCGAUCCUUAGUUCCAUAGACAGUAAGGGGAUCGUGUUAGACGUGUUAGAGUGAGUAAGUGAAUAAGGGAAUGUGCGGCCGUCCCAAGUACGGGCAUGAAUAAGAUUGGCCAUCCAGAGGCGUCAGAUAGCCGGGCUAUUAUUGACAGGUUUUCGACCCAAGGCGUGUCUCAUCCUUUGUCCUGACUCAAUAACCACCCAUUGGAUAUCAGACCGCCCCUUUUGAUCGGCCCAGAUGCCCUCCAUCAAGCAACGCGUGACUGGCUUCAUCCGACAGCUCUCCAUGCCGGCCAGCGCCACGCCCGCCACGCCCAGGGUGGGCCUGACCGCCGCCUCAGGCCACCCACCGCUGGCUGACCGGCCGGCGUUAGGUCGUGAACCCGGUCCCACCCCCGAGUCCCCAUCCGGGAGCGGACCCGGACUCCACGAGGCCAGUGGGCCGCAUGAUCCUCUGCGUGCGCCCCAAUGCUUCAUUAAGCGCUAUCUGUCCACCGGGGAAUCCCAUUGCCCGGGCCCCGACAUUCUGAGUGGGAAAACCGGCCACGAUUUGCCCAUCUUGAACUUGGCCGAAUUGAACGGAGAUAUUUUUGCCGCAUUCACCGGUCCAGAAGGGGGCAUCACGUCCAUUGUGGAGGGAGCGGAAUUGAAGAAUGGUCCGAAAUCGUCGUCGACUUUGCCCGAAGCCGCCGAGGAUUGCGAGGAUUUUGAUUACAUCGAUCUGGACGGGCUCGGACACAGUGUCAAAUCCAAUCAUGGCGGAUCCAAGUCUUUGGACCAGAAUCAAAACCCAGGCGUGCCUUUGACCACGGAAACGGUUCGAGGUCAACGCGAGACCUCCAUCGAAAGUGACUACCCGGAGCUCAGUGGCGAUAUUCUUCAUUGGCGCUCGAGCAUAGAUCAAUCGCACAGUAUUAUUCAUUCUAGUCAAAUGGUGGCUAGGCGACUCAAACUCGAUCUCCGAAACGAUACUGAAGCUGUGAUUGCCGGUAUCAAUCACUGGUAUCGCCCCAAUAACAUGGCCACGGGUCAAGCCAUCACGCUCUAUGAACGCCAUCCAUACACGGCCGAGCAUGCGGGCAAUCCCAUUGCCGACACGUUUGCCAUUGUCGCUCGGAAGAAUUCAGCCAUCUUAGUCUUGGGCGACGGCGUGAAUUGGGGUCCCAAAGCGGCCUUGGCCUCACGCUGUGCCGUUCAUGGUUGCAUCGAGUACCUCAACCAGGCCUUGUUUUCAUCUGGUGCUCAGAAGAUUACGACCACUCAGGGAGUGUUCCAAUGCCUUUUGAGAUCCUUCCAUGCCGCUCACAGCCUCAUCUUGCGAGAAGAGGCUCAGCUCACCACCUUAACUGCCUGUGCUGUGCUUCCCGUUCAAGACAAAGAAAGAGGAGAAAUAUUUAUGGCCUGUGUGUGCAACGUUGGCGAUUCGUUGGCUUACGUGUAUAGUCCGUCGAAUGGGCACGUGAGAGAAAUUACGCAGGAAUCGCACGACAUCCAAUCGAAUCGCGACAUGCGCGACGCCCUCGGAGCUUUGGGGCCGGUGGAUGGGAUCAAUCCGGAACUAAGCAAUCUCACUUGCAGCUUGACUGAAGUGCAUGCAGGCGAUAUCGUUUUCCUCACCUCUGAUGGGGUGUCGGACAAUUUCGAUCCGGUCGUUGGAAAGUUUUGCGUUCCCGUCAAAUCCAAUGCGGAAGGCAUGAACCGACGCAAACCCAAAUCUGCCAGUGAUUCAUCCUUACCCACAGUGGAGGCGUACCAAAGACAUGAACUCACCCUACUGCGGAUGGAGGAUAUCCUCAACCAUGGGCCUGGGAGCAAAUCCUCCAAAGAGCCAUCUUCUAGUACGGGGAGAGUCAAUAACUCGGUGGAACUGUGUCACCGAAUGAUGGACUUCUGUCACCGUCUCACCACCGCCAAGAGAAAGGUACUGGAAGAUCCCGAGCUCUAUCCAGAUCACACGAAACAUGCGCUUCCUGACAGUGAUGCCACGCGUCUCGACCAGAAGUUGAGACGUCGAAAAGUGUGCGAGAAGCUCGCCAUGGUUCCAGGCAAACUCGACCAUGCCACGAUAGUGGCCUUCACUGUGGAAGAUCGUAGGCAAUCCUUACAGAACUUUAAUGGGACAUCAUCAUUGCCUUGUAAUGGCACCCCACAACCAGUCAACUCGAAUAAAACGGAGAAAGGAGACGAGUCGAGUAACGCUGCCGCUUUGUUAGCGCUUCUCCGAGCCCCGUGCGCCUCAUCCGAAGAUCUCACAUUCCGAGACGAAGAUGAAGACGACAAUGAGGGUCUGGAUCAGAGCUCCGAAGCUACCACCCCUAGUGAUGAAAUUGAAGAAGGGGUGCCCCGGGGUCUUUUGAGUGUCACGUCAUCCUCACCCCGAUCCUCCCACUGUGGAUCUUUAGCCGUGACGCCGGUUCAUUUACCUUCGAAGAGUGCUGAGUGACGCCCCUAGCCCCGUUAGCCCAGUUAGCCCCGUUAGCCCCAUGAGCUGGCUGUUUUGAACACCAGCACAAGGAUGUGCACUCAAUUAUUUGUUAUCCUCGCUCAUUCUUCGAAAUCGGAAUGCUCACAAACAGCAGUGAAACGUUGAGAUUUAGAACCAGACAAAGAAGAAAUGGUCGAAAGAACAAUUUAGGCACUACUGCUUGAGACUUGAUGAUCAACCUCAUACUGUACUUUUCUCGUCACAAUCACACACCUCUUGACGCUUCCGCUUGAUCCUCCAUUUACGUCAUCUCAUAUGAUUACAUGCCCUCACCCCGAUCUUCCUUUCCCGACCUGGUCUUGAUCAAGGAUGUCAAGUUAUUAAUUCAAUUCAACCUUAAAGUUGAAGAAUCUAUCCGAUUGUUAUCGUUAUCUAAAACGAUGCCAUAAGGUCAGGAAAUAAAUCCAUUUUCUCCUAUGCAGAGGUUCAUGGUGUGCAGUUGUAGGGCAAUAUGUCUGGAAAUCGAUUUAUUGGCGAGUUGCGAGCCCAAAUUUCAUGUACAGCCAUGUUACUAGAACAUCGAGAUCAAAUGCUUGCGGUCCAAUAUAACUCGCUUUCCCUUUUAACGUAAUUUAGGGUAAUUGAUAAUGAAAAUCUUGUGGGGGGAACAAUGAUUUGGCAUGAUCUUGGGGCGGUCUAUUGAUUAGUAAAGUCUCUUCUCGAAGGAGUGCAGACUGUGGACCGCCCCUUCGGCUUGUGCGCUGGCUGUCCGCCUCUCAAACUUAAGCUCGCCACUGUACAUCAUGGAUCGGAGCAGAGGCAAGGUUUUGGCACCCACAUCCUGACAAGCGUGGUGGAGACCCGCCACCAAAUACGGCAAAUACCUGAAAGACGAAUACAAUUCAUUCACACAACGCCCACAAUUGAGCUUGACGAGGGAAAUCACCGAAGCACUGAUCCCUUGUCGACAAUAUUUCCCGACACGCCCUGGGCAACUUUCACCCGAUCUGCUUUGUUAUGGAAAUACCGGUCCAAAGAUCCAUCACCGGUUUUCUUUUCCAUUGCCUCCAGACUGCCCAUUCCGCGGAACUUCUUCAAUCUUUAAAAAAAGAAA